AUGCAGUCCCUCCGACUCCUGUCCAAAGCCAGUCAGGCCAUCCUGAUCCUGGUGGUCUGUCUCCAGCUUGGGAUCAACAAUGCUGAAGAAAGCGACCGACGUACAAUAAUAAUGAACAUGCAGAUGCCCACAACUGUAAAAGCAAAUGAAGAAUUGACACUUAGGCUUCAAGUGAGCACAGAACUGAGAGAAUGCAUGGUGAUUAGGACUUAUUUAAGAAGCACUUAUCCAAUGGAUACUCCUUUUAACUUUAAAUAUACCGCCUGUCUCUGUGAAGAUUCCCCAAGGACCUUUUAUUGGGAUUUUGCUACCAACCGUACCACAAAAAUAACAGCUACUGUGGAUGUUGUCCGUGUACUUGGCAUCUGUCCUAAUGAUAAAGCUGUGAUGCCCAUUGAUGCAAAUCGUUUUUAUAUAACACAAGAACUGAAAGCAGUCAAUUAUUAUUAG